UUUUCAAGCAUUUUAGAGAACAAGUUACUUUCUCUUUUACUUCAGUUCUUUGUUCUUAUUUAGUUCCACCUUUCAGCAUAAGAAUUUAUCAGAUCAUAGACAGUCUGGAUGGAUUAACUCUGUUAGGUCGACACGAUGAUUUAAAUCUUGCAUUUUUAAAUUUGCAUUUUUAGAUUGCUAUCAUUCAUGUACUGUAGUGUCUUACCUGCCUGCCAGAUCAAGAUUCUUAUGUGACGUUGGUAUUUAUCACAUCUAAACAAGUAUAUAUAUAUACUGGACGCUGUUUUUUAAGGAGUCUGCAAAUACACUGUGCUACAAAAUCUGCUUAAAGUUUUUGUGAACAGAGAUGGUUUCAUUGGUUGUAGUGGCUGUAUUUCUCCUUUGGGGAACAGUCUUUCUACCACCCCAGGCUGGUGGAUUUAAAAUUACUUACCCUGAUGCCUCCCUCAGUCAUCAAGAAAUCACUGAGGCGGCCAUUCUCCUCAAGACGGCAGAAGUGUGUCGUGACAUUGCCAAAGCCCAGGGCAAAGACUUUACACUACCUAUGAACAACAAACUAACUGCAGAUACUGUACAAAAAGCCUGCUCGAUUUCAAAUUCUGACCUAUCAACAUUAGUCAACUUCAGGUUGACAAUUUUUCUGAUUUGUUCGUACAAUAGAGCUGUGGACAGAAAACAGUUCAGUGACGCACAUCAUUUUGAUAAUGAGGCUUUCAGCAGUGGACGGGACCUCAUCACCCAGGGCAUAACCAAUGUAAAAGUCAGUCUUAAAGAAGGAAACUACAUAUCUGCCCAAAAAAGCCUGGGGACUGUAACACAUACUUUGCAGGAUUUCUAUAGUCAUAGUAACUGGAUAGAGCUGGGGUACACUGAUCCUUAUAGCACCCUGAUUAAAGCGAAUGAACCUCUCAGCAACAUAGCAGGCUCCAAAACAGCGACAUGCAAAAGCUGUGUGAAUGACAACUGCACUGAUAACAUUCUCUCAGAGGUCCUGCAGCAGAAGACAUUAACUUCUGGAUAUUUCAGCCUUGACCCUAGAUAUAACAAACCUGCAGGCAAGUGUAGCCAUGGUGGUACCUUAGAUUUUACCAGCUACAAAGAUCCCACUGGAGGCAUCAAUAAGGAUGACGUCAAAUCAGAACAUGGCUUCCUUCACCUAAAAGCUGCAAACGUGGCCAUCAAUGCUACCAUGGAGCUACUGGAAGACAUUAGAAAGGCUGCGGGAGAAACAGCCUUUCUUCGGUUGAUGGGCCUCAGUCGUACCAUUAUGCUGGUUUUUGUGAUUGACAUCACAGGCAGUAUGUCUAAUGACAUCGCUGAAAUCAAAAAAGUGUCCAUCAGUAUGAUAGAUAACAGGAAAGGAACAUCAGAAGAACCUACAGAUUACAUGCUUAUAACAUUUGAUGACACAGGUGUCCAACUGACAAGGAUUGGCGAUAUUGAUAAGUUCAAAGAGAAAAUCAAUUCACUUUCAGCAUCUGGUGGAGGAGACUUUCCAGGGAUGUGCUUAUCAGGGCUACUGAUGGCAUUGACAAGAGCUCCACCAUCAUCAGAUAUUUUUGUUUUCACGGAUGGUUCAGCAAAGGACACUGAAUUAAAAAGCACCGUCGGAGCCAUGAUAGAAAGCACCGAAUCCAUAGUCACUUUCCUCUUACCCACCUCCAUCUCAUCACGUGGAGAAAGGGUCUCAGACUCCCAGAACUCCUCAUCAAGUCUGAUGACUCAAUCAGAACUACAGUUGUACAGGGACCUGGCCCAUGUCUCUGGUGGACAAACCUUAGAAGUCACAAACACUACGCUUUCUGAGGCCUCUACAGCCAUUACAGAUACAUUUACCUCUGGCCAGGUCACAUUUUUUCAAGUGUCAAGAAGUGCAGGAAAUGCAGGAAAUUUUUCUUUUCUGUUGGAUUCAUCUUUGUCUAACGUGACUGUUUACAUCACUGGGGAUUCGACUGUUUUUACCAUCUACAGCCCUACAGGUGUGUCUCAGUCAUAUUCAAUGAUAGAUGGCAGCCUUGGUAGCAUUCAGACUGUGGGGAAUCUAAAGAAAAUAAAACUCAAGUCUGACAACACGACAGGGGAAUGGGGCAUCAGUGUUAACUCCACAAGCUCAUAUACCAUGAAAGUCAUUGGUCAGAGUUCUGUGGACAUCCUCUUUAACUUUGUGGAGAUGAGUCUCGGAGGUCAUGGAGACUCUUGGGGACAAAUCUUCACUCGCCCUUCUAUUGGUCAGAAUGCCACCCUGUCUCUUUCUUUGUCUGGAGGUGAAUUGGCCACAGUGACUGAUGUACUACUAGUUGAUGCUUCAGGAUCCAGUGUUGUUAAUGGGACCGUUACAUUAGUGGGAGGUACAGACUACCUGGUUAGCCUAAACAGAAUCCCAGAGGGUGAAUUUGGGCUCCUACUUAAAGGGCUGUUGAAUAGCUCAUUGUCAUCUAGUCGAUUCCAAAGGCAAUCAUCCAUUUAUCAUAAAGGAUCAAGAAUAGCUCUCACGGUUGAUACACAGACCACUACAAUUCCUGGAGUUUCUUUCAGUUUCAACUUUACAGUGGCCACUAAUACUACAGCAGGUAACUACACUAUCCGAGCCAGGACGAGCAACGGCUUCACUGUGACUGUCCCCAGUUCUCUGAAUGUGGCGACAGGAGGAAGUGUUCAGGGGACAGGAACGCUGACAGUGCCCUCCAACACAGAGUCUGGGACUGAUGUUACACUCAUUGUUGAGGCAGAAGCUCCAGGGUCAACUGAUCUAAACUAUGCCACAGUUCGACUCACUGCCUCAGCUACAAGCAUAAAGUUCAGCGGCUUGCAGUCCUUCUCCAUGUUUCUGUCUCUCAUUGGCUUAUUUGUUUCUCUUUUGCUGUAAUGGAGAGUAACUGGAAUACUGGAAAGUUUUAAAAUAACAAGAUGCUAUUGUAAGGUAUAUAUCCAUGUCAAGGUAUAUAUAUAUCAAGGAUUAGCCUUUCUUAUAAUGUUAAUGAAUUUAAAAUGAAGUGCAUGAAGAGCAUUAAUUUGAAAGUUUUAUGAACACAUUCAUAAAUGUAAGAUUAGGUGGUAUCUGCACAUGCAGUACAUUAUUCAAGAUACAAUGCAGGUUGUUGCAUAAGAGCUUGUUUGUGAGAAAGCUACAAAUACUGAAACAAAUUAUCCUAAAAAUAAAAAUCAUCCCUUCUGUAUAAUUCAAUGUUAUGUUUUUAAUUGAUUAAAAAAAAAAAAAAAAUAUAUAUAUAUAUAUAUAUAUAUAUAUAUAUAUAUAUAUAUAUAUAUAUAUAUUUCUGCCUAAGAUAUAAGAUGUAUAAGAUGUUUUACUUGUUUAACAAUUUUGUAUAGUUUACAUGCACCAAGGUUGGCUGGCUUUAGUAGGCUACUCUAUUAUUUAGUCCCAGUCAUAACUUUGACAAUGCUAUAUA